AUGAAGCUAAAAAGAUACACAAUUGCUCGUGACCUCGAAUGGCAGCAGGAGAUAAGGUUGAGGACGGAAGCUCAUAAACAAUUCCCUAUUCCAGUACUAAUAGCGAUGGGUAAUUGCCUUCCUUUAUUGUUUCGUAUGAGCAGAAAUUUGUCUAACCAUGACGUUUCUGGACGGGCAUCUCCACGGGACUCAGAGAAUUCUAUGAGCUUUAGCAAUCCAGUCAUGCAUCUACCUCGCAGUAGUCCUUACGUAAACCAGUUGUACGCAGCUAACGUUGCUCGACAACGUGCGGAAGAGAGCAAAAAUCGCGAAGACGCUCAACGACAACGUGUUAAAGGACUCCUAGAACAAAUUCCAGCUGAUGAGUUUAGGUCAGACAUGAAAGGAAGCGAAUGUGCCAUUUGUAUGGUGGAUUUUGAGCCUGGUGAGAGAGUAAGAUUUCUACCAUGUAUGCACUCUUUCCAUCAGACUUGCGUGGAUGAUUGGCUGAUGAGGUCAUUUACAUGUCCUUCAUGUCUGGAGCCAGUGGAUUCAACUAUUCUAUCCUCACUUACCGCUCAUACUCAGCAAUCCUUGCAGGAUCUUGCCUGCUCACCUGCUACUCAUGGAAUGCCUUAA